CGAGCCCAGACGAGCCGCGCGCCUCUUGGGCUCCUGCUCUGCUCCAGCUCUCAGGGCUCCCCUCCGCCUCCGUCUUCGCCCUGGCGGCACAACCAUGUCCCGGUCGCGGCCCCCGGCAGCCGCGCGCCGCUAGCCCUGCUCCUGCCACGCAGCCCGGGCCCGGCGCGAUGGGGGCCGCCGGCGGCCCGAGCGCCCACCUGGGGCCCGCGCCCGUCGGCCGCCCGCCGCGCUCCCUGCUCCUGCUGCAGCUGCUGCUGCUGGUCUGGGCCCCGGGGACGGCGGGGACCCAGGGCGCCGAGUUCCCCGAGCUGUGCAGUUAUACAUGGGAAGCUGUCGAUACCAAAAAUAACAAGCUUUAUAAAAUCAGCAUCUGUGGAAAUGUGGCCCAGUGUGGACCAUCAAGUGCUGUUUGUGUGCAUGACUUGAAGACAAACAGCUUUUAUUCUGUGGGUGACUCCCUUUUGAAAAGCACAACCAGCUCUCUUCUGGAAUUCAACACAACAGUGAGCUGUGAGCAGCACAGUGGAAAUCACAGAGUCCAGAGCAGUAUCACCUUCUUAUGUGGGAAAACCUUGGGAACUCCCGAAUUUGUAACUGCAACCGACUGUGUGCAUUACUUUGAGUGGAGGACAACUGCAGCCUGCAAGAAAGACAUAUUUAAAGCGAAUAAAGAGGUGCCGUGCUACGUGUUUGACAGAGAGCUCAAGAAGCAUGAUUUAAACCCACUGAUCAAGGUCAGCGAUGCUUACUUGGUGGACGACUCUGACCCGGACACUUCUCUGUUCAUCAACGUUUGCAGAGACAUAGAGGCCCUACGGGCCACACAUCCGCAGGUGCGUUCCUGUCCCGUCGGCACGGCUGCCUGCCUGGUGAGAGGGGACCGGGCGUUCGACGUGGGCCGGCCCAAGGAGGGACUGCAGCUUGUGAGCAAUGACAGGCUUGUCCUGACUUAUGUGACAGAAGGGGCAGUUCAGCCAGACUUUUGUGACGGUCACAGCCCGGCAGUGACUAUCACGUUUGUCUGCCCGUCGGAGCGCAGAGAGGGCACCCUUCCCAAGCUCACGGCGAAAUCCAACUGCCGCUAUGAAAUUGAGUGGAUCACGGAGUACGCCUGCCACAGGGAUUACCUGGAAAGUCGGAACUGCUCUCUGAGCAGUGAGCAGCAUGACAUCCCCGUCAACCUCCAGCCGCUCAGCCAGGUCGGAGCUUCAAACUCCUCGUACUAUACUGCGGAGGGGGAAGAAUAUGUUUUUUAUUUGAAUGUCUGUGGCGGAACCGAAGCGCAGAUCUGUAAUAAGAAAGAUGCUGCAGUUUGCCAAGUGAAAAAGUCAGAUUCCACUCAACUCAAAGUGGCGGGGAAACUCCAGAAUCAAACCCUCCGGUACUCGGAUGGAGACCUCACCCUGAUAUACUUUGGGGGCGAUGCGUGCAGCUCUGGCUUUCAGCGAAUGAGUGUCAUCAGCUUCGAGUGCAACGAGACCGCAGGUAACAGUGGGAGAGGGGCUCCUGUGUUCACCGGGGAGGUGGACUGCACCUACUUCUUCACGUGGGACACCAAGUAUGCCUGCACGGACGAGAAGGAGGCCCUGCUCUGCGGCGUCUCCGAUGGGAAGCAGCGCUUCGACCUGUCAACGCUGGCCCGACACUCAGAGCUGGAACAGAAUUGGGAAGCCGUGGAUGGCAGCCAGAGGGAACCAGCAAAGAAGCACUUCUUCAUUAACAUCUGCCACCGGGUCCUGCAGAAGGGCCAGGCGAGGGGAUGCCCCGAGGACGCAGCCGUGUGUGCUGUGGAUAAAUACGGAAGUAAAAACCUGGGCAAAUUUAUUUCUCCUCCCACAAAAGAGAAAGGAAACAUUCAGCUCUCUUAUUCAGAUGGUGAUGAGUGUGCUGGCGGCAGGAGAAUAAAGACGAACAUAACGCUCGUGUGCAAGCCAGGUGAUUUAGAAAGUGCCCCAGUGCUGAGAACUUCUAGGGUGGAUGGAUGCUUCUACGAGUUUGAGUGGCACACGGCCACAGCCUGUGUGCUGUCCAGAACCGAGGGGGAUAACUGUACCGUCUUCGACUCCCAGGCAGGGUUUUCUUUCGACUUGUCACCUCUCACAAAGAAGAAUGGCGCCUACAAAGUUGAGACGGAGAAGUAUGAGUUUUACAUCAACGUGUGCGGUGCGGUGUCCGAGGGCUCCUGCCAGCCGGACUCAGGAGCCUGUCAGGUGUCAAAAAGUGAUAGGAAGUCUUGGAACUUGGGGCGCAGUAAUGCCAAGCUUUCAUAUUACGAUGGGAUGAUCCAGCUGAACUACAGAGAGGGCACGCCCUAUAACAAUGAAAAGCACACACCAAGAGCCACGCUGAUCACCUUUCUUUGUGAUCGAGACGCUGGAGUGGGUCUCCCUGAGUAUCAGGAAGAAGAUAACUCUACCUACAACUUCCGGUGGUACACCAGUUACGCCUGCCCGGAGGAGCCGCUGGAGUGCGUGGUGACCGACCCCUCCACCAUGGAGCAGUACGAUCUCUCCAGUCUAGCAAAAUCCGAGGGUGGUCGUGGAGGAAACUGGUAUGCCCUGGACAAUGCUGGGGCACGCAGCACGUGGAGGAAAUACUACAUAAACGUGUGUCGACCUCUGAACCCGGUGCCGGGCUGCGAUCGGUACGCAUCCGCUUGCCAGAUGAAGUACCAGAACGACCAGGGUUCAUUUUCAGAAACUGUCUCCAUCAGCAACCUGGGGGUCGCAAAGACGGGCCCCGUGGUGGAGAACAGCGGCAGCCUCCUCCUGGAGUACGUGAACGGCUCCGCCUGCAACACCAGCGACAGGAGACAGACUACCUACACCACCAGGAUCCACCUCGUCUGCUCCAGGGGCAGCCUGAACACCCAUCCCAUAUUUUCUCUCAGCUGGGAGUGUGUGGUCAGCUUCCUGUGGAACACGGAGGCUGCCUGUCCUGUCCAAGUAACGACAGACACAGACCAGGCCUGCUCCAUCAGGGACCCCAACAGUGGGUAUGUGUUCGAUCUGAACCCACUAAACAGUUCCCAAGGAUACGUAGUCUCGGGCAUCGGGAAGACGUUUGUGUUGAACGUGUGCGGUGCAGUGCCCAUCUGCGGCACCAUGGAUGGAAAACCCGCUUCUGGCUGUGAGGCAGAAACCCAGACCGAAGAGCUGAAGAAUCUGAAGCCGGGAAGGCUGGUGGGCCUGGAGAAGAGCCUCCAGCUGUCCACCGAAGGCUUUAUAACUCUGACCUACACGGGGCUUCCUUCCCCCUCCAAAGGGAGGGCCGACGCGUUCAUCAUCCGCUUUGUCUGCAAUGAUGACGUUUACCCAGGCACCCCCAGAUUCUUGCAUCAGGACAUUGACUCCGGCCUGGGGAUCCGGGACACUUUCUUUGAGUUUGAAACCGCUUUGGCCUGUGUACCUUCUCCGGUGGAUUGCCAAGUCACAGACCUCGCUGGGAACGAGUACGAUCUGAGUGGCCUAAGCAAAGCCAAGAAGCCCUGGACUGCAGUCGACACCUUGUCUGAUGGAAAAAGGAGGACCUUCUACUUGAGUGUCUGCAGUCCUCUCCCGUACAUUCCUGGCUGCCGUGGCAGCGCAGUGGGGUCCUGCCUGGUGUCAGAAGACAACAGCUGGAACCUGGGCGUCGUGCAGGCCAGUCCUCAAGUUGCCAACGGGUCCCUGAGCAUCAUCUACGUCAAUGGUGACAAAUGCAGGAACCAGCGUUUCUCCACCAGGAUAACACUCGAGUGUGCCCACACGACGGGAUCCCCGACCUUUGAGCUCCUGAACGACUGUGAGUAUGUGUUUGUCUGGAGAACUGUGGAAGCCUGUCCCGUUGUCCGCGUGGAAGGAGACAACUGUGAGGUGAGAGACCCACGGCAUGGCAACGUGUAUGACCUAAAGCCUCUCAGCCUAAAUGACACCAUCGUGAGCGCCGGAGAAUACACCUAUUACUUCCGGGUCUGUGGAAAGCUGUCCUCAGGUAUCUGCCCCACCGGUGACAAGUCCAAGGUCAUCUCAUCCUGUCAGGCAAAGCAUGGACCCCUGGGAUUUCAGAAAGUGGCAGGUCUCCUUACCCAGAAGCUGACCUAUGAGAACGGGGUGUUGAAGAUGAACUACACCGGGGGGGACACCUGCCACAAGGUGUACCAGCGCUCCACAGCCAUCUUCUUCUACUGCGACCGCAGCACGCAGGCGCCGGUGUUUCUCCAGGAGACUUCCGACUGCUCCUACUUGUUUGAGUGGCGCACUCAGUACGCCUGCCCGCCCUUCGACCUGACCGAGUGCUCGUUCACAGAUGGGGCUGGGAACACCUUUGACCUCUCGUCCCUGUCGAGGUACAGUGACAACUGGGAAGCCGUCACGAGGACGGGAGCCACUGAGCACUACCUCAUCAAUGUGUGCAAGUCCCUGGCUCCACAGGCUGGCGCGGAGCCGUGCCCUCCGGAGGCGGCUGUGUGCCUGCUGGGCGGCUCCAAGCCCGUGAACUUGGGCAGGGUGAGGGACGGCCCUCAGUGGAGCGAGGGCCUGACCCUCCUAAAGUACGUCGACGGCGACCUGUGUCCAGACCAGAUCCGGAAGAAGUCAACCACCAUCCGCUUCUCAUGCAGCGAGAGCCAAGUCAACUCCAGGCCCAUGUUCAUCAGUGCCGUGGAGGACUGCGAGUACACCUUCUCCUGGCCCACGGCCGCUGCCUGCCCUGUGAAGAGCAACGAGCAUGACGACUGCCAGGUCACCAACCCCGCCACGGGACACCUGUUUGACCUGAGCCCUCUAAGCGGCAGGGCCGGCUACACUGCUGCCUACAGCGAGAAGGGGCUGGUGUACCUCAGUGUAUGCGGGGACAAUGAGAACUGCGCCCCUGGCGUGGGGGCCUGCUUCGGGCAGACCAGAAUCAGCGUGGGCAGGGCUAACAAGAGGCUGACCUACGUGGACCAGGUCUUACAGCUGGUUUACAAAGACGGCUCCCCUUGUCCUUCCAAGACCGGCCUGAGCUACAAGAGUGUGAUCAGCUUCGUGUGCAGGCACGAGGCCGGGCCCACCAACAGGCCCAUGCUCAUCUCCCUGGACAAGCAGACGUGCACGCUCUUCUUCUACUGGCACACGCCCUUGGCCUGCGAGCAGAUGGUGGAAUGUACUGUGAGGAACGGCAGCUCUGUCAUUGACCUGUCCCCCCUCAUCCACCGCACCGGGGGGUACGAGGCGUACGACGAGAGCGAGGACGACACCUCCGACACCAACCCUGACUUCUACAUCAACAUCUGCCAGCCGCUGAACCCCAUGCACGGGGUGCCCUGUCCCGCCGGCGCUGCCGUGUGCAAAGUGCCCGUCAGCGGCCCCCCCAUAGAUAUUGGCCGAGUCGCAGGACCUCCGAUACUCAAUCCCAUUGCUAAGGAAGUGUAUUUGAACUUUGAAAGCACUACUCCUUGCCUGGAGGACAAGCAUUUCAACUAUACCUCGCUGAUCGCGUUUCACUGUAAGAGGGGUGUGAGCAUGGGGACUCCGAAGCUGCUGAGGACCAGCGAAUGUGACUUUGUGUUCGAGUGGGAAACCCCGCUGGUGUGUCCUGACGAGGUGAAGGCGGAGGGCUGCUCCCUGACGGACGAGCAGCUGUACUACAGCUUUAACCUGUCCAGCCUCUCCAAGAGCACCUUCAAGGUGACCCAAGACUCACGCACCUACAGCGUGGGGGUGUGCACCGCGGCUGCGGGCCUGGACCAAGGAGGCUGCAAGGACGGAGGAGUCUGUCUGCUCUCCGGGACCAAGGGGGCAUCUUUCGGGAGGCUGGCGUCAAUGAGACUGGAUUACAGGCACCAGGACGAAGCCGUCAUUUUAAGUUACGCCAAUGGAGAUAAUUGCCCUCCAGAAACUGAAGACGGCGACCCGUGUGUGUUCCCCUUCGUGUUCAGUGGGAGGACCUACGAGGAGUGUGUUCUGGAGGGCAGGGCCAGGCUCUGGUGCGCGACCACCGCCAACUACGACAGAGACCAUGAGUGGGGCUUCUGCAGACACUCCAACAGCCACCGGACGUCCAUGAUUAUCUUCAAGUGCGAUGAGGAUGCUGACGUGGGGCGGCCGCAGGUCUUCAGUGAAGUUCGUGGGUGCGAAGUGACAUUUGAGUGGAAGACAAAAGUUGUCUGCCCGCCGAAGAAGAUGGAGUGCAAGUUCAUCCAGAAGCACAAAACCUAUGACCUGCGGCUGCUGUCCUCCCUCACCGGCUCCUGGUUCUUUGUCCAUGGUGGCGCCUCGUACUACAUCAAUCUGUGUCAGAAAGUAUACAAAGGGCCCUUGGGCUGCUCUGAAAGAGCGAGUGUUUGCAAAAAGAGCCACUCCGGCGACGUCCAGGUCCUGGGGCUUGUUCACACACAGAAGCUGGACGUCAUAGAUGACAGAGUCAUCGUAACUUAUUCAAAAGGCCAUCGGUGUGGUGACAAUAAGACGGCAUCCACCGUCAUCGAGCUGACCUGUGCGAAGACAGUGGGCCGGCCUUCAUUCAUGAGGUUCGACAUCGACAGCUGCACCUACCACUUCAGCUGGGACUCGCGGGCUGCCUGUGCCGUGAAGCCGCAGGAGGUGCAGAUGGUGAACGGGACCAUCACCAACCCGGCCAAUGGCAGGAGCUUCAGCCUCGGGGAUAUUUAUUUCAAGCGAUUCAGUGCCUCUGGGGACAUGAGAACCAACGGGGACAAGUACCUGUACGAGAUCCAGCUCUCCUCCAUCACGAGCUCCACAAACCCCGCAUGCUCUGGGGCCAACAUCUGUCAGGUGAAGCCCAACGACCAGCACUUCAGCAGGAAAGUCGGAACUUCUGACAAAACCAAAUACUACGUUCAAGACGGCGAUCUGGAUGUGGUGUUUGCCUCGUCCUCCAAGUGUGGAAAGGACAAGACAAAGUCCGUCUCCUCCACCAUCUUCUUCCACUGUGACCCUUUGGUGAAGGACGGGAUCCCCGAGUUCAGCCACGAGACCGCUGACUGCCAGUACCUCUUCUCCUGGUACACCUCUGCCGUGUGUCCUCUGGGGAUGGGCUUCGACAGCGAGGACGUUGGGGACGGCGCACAGGAGCACAGGGGGCUCUCGGAGCGGAGCCAGGCGGUCGGGGCGGUCCUCAGCCUGCUGCUGGUGGCGCUCACCGGCUGCCUGCUCACCCUGCUGCUGUAUAAGAAGGAGCGACGGGAGACGGUGAUGAGCAAGCUCACCAACUGCUGUCGCAGAGGCGCGAACGUGUCCUACAAAUACUCAAAGGUGAACAAGGAGGAGGAGGCAGACGAGCACGAAACUGAGUGGCUCAUGGAAGAGAUCCAGCUGCCGACGCCGAGGCCUGGGAAGGAAGGGCAGGAGAAUGGCCACAUCACCACCAAGUCCGUGAAGGCCGAGGCCCUCAGCUCCCUGCAUGCAGAAGACCAGGACAGCGAGGACGAGGUCCUGACCAUCCCGGACGUGAAAGUGCACUCGGGCAGAGGGACUGCGGCCGAAGGCGCGCACCCGCUGAGGCCCCCGCCGAGAAAGGCGCUUCGGGAGCCAGCGGACGACCGGGUAGGGCUGGUGAUGGGGGAGCAGGCCAGGAGGGGGAGGCCCCGGGCCGUGCAGAAGCCCGUGAGCUCCUUCCACGACGACAGCGACGAGGACCUCCUGCACAUCUAGACUCCGGGGCCUGCGGGGCGGGCUCGGUGACCCCGCCGGCGUCUCCAACCAAAUAAGACUGCGAUUCCGUGAUGCUUCUGUCAUUUUUGCCUUUAACAAAAACUGUUUCAAAAGGGAAGAGUUUUGGGUAUGGGGGAGAGGAUGAGGAGGUGGGCGCCACUCUCCGUGGUUGUUUGGAUGAGGCGUCGCUCCAGCUGCCGGAGGGCAGCGCCGGAGACCCGGGUUUUGUCCCAAGUCCUCGCGUAGAGGUGGCCACGGCGCACUUCUGACGCACCUGGGCCAGACGCAUCUCGGAACAGAGGGCUGCGUUUGAGGAAAACCCUUGCUGCUUUAGGCCCUGUAGGGUAUUUGAUCGUUAUAUUUUAGCAUUUAAUUCUCUCUUCCUAUUUAUUGACUUUGACAAUUACUCAGGUUUGCGAAAAAGGAAAAAAAAAAAAACUUUUUUCCUGCCAGCAGGGGUAAUCUACCUGUCCAUCCCUUAGCGGGGAGGCUGUUGGGGCGCUUGGAUGGUUUCAUACGAGGUUUUGACCUGGUCCAUGAUGUAUCCUCUAAGUUAGAUUCCGCCAUUCUGUCUCUUUUCCCUUUUGCUUCUGUUUCGUAAGGGCACACAUGUGCAUACACACGUGUGGGUCCUGAGUGCCUGAGCUGUAGAGGGUCUGCCCGCUCUUUGCCUCUAGUCAGUAACGGCUGCAGCUUUUUGCAUGACGUUUUCAAUCCUAGGUGCACAGGGCACAUUUAUCAGUAUUUCUUUCGCCAGCUGGUGAAGUCAAACAACCCACCCAAAGAUUGAAUUUGUGUGUGUGUGUGUGUGUGUGUGAGAGAGAGAGAGAGAGAGAGAGAAUGGAGUUGAGAUGUCAGACUUUUUUCCAGAUUUGGGGUGUAGGUCUCACCUCAUCAGGUUCUCAUGAUACCACCUUUACUGUGCUUAUUUUUUUAAGAAAAAAGUGUUUAUCAACCAUUCGACCUAUAAGAAGCCUUAAUUUGCACAGUGUGUGACUCACAGAAAUUGCAUGAAAGCCAAUGGGCCAGAUUCUCGCCCCUAGCAUUGCACUUGGAUUUCUGCUUGGGGGGUAGCUGAGGCCGGCCUCUCAGUCUGCAGGAUGGGAGGGCGGGACCGCUGUCCUUCCCCGGCUGUUGGCUCCUUUCUUGAAGUGUUUAAUGGAUGACUUUUCUCGCAUUAUAGAGCUGUAUAUAAACUCAGUGGUAUUCAUAUCCUGGAAGGCAAACCAACCUACAGGGUUCCUUGGUUUGUACUCCGUUUGGCUGGCUUAUUUGAUUUCAACAUGAGUGUAUUUUUAAAAAUUGAUUUCUUUCCUCUUUUUUCAAUCAAAUUUACUGUAAUAUAAAGUAUUCGACAAUUUGAAUAAAAGAUAA